UGAUGACGUCACUGCCUUAUGUCUGUGGGUUGCUUUGUCAGCUGCUGUUCCGUCUCAAAUCGUUUUGCUAAUUAAAAAUCAUUUAUAGCGAUAAGGUUUUUAUAAUUUGCAAUAGAUUAAAGUGGAAUUCUGUUUUGGGUGCCAUUGACAUACAUUUUGUAAUGGCAGAAGGCAACAACAGUAAAACAAAUUUAGCAUUUAGUAGAUUACAUCAUUUUUUAUAUCUAGGUACAGAAGGCAACUGUUAUAAUUCAAAAAAACCUGUGUUUUCCUUAGAUAGUGUCCAUAGUAUUGAAUCCCUGAUUGCAGAUGGUAAAGGUAAAGAUGUUGUUCAAGAAAUUAUCAGAUUUGCUUCUGAAGGAUUGUCUCUUUGUCCAGAUGCUAUUUUAUAUGCUUUAGCUGUUUGUGCUCAUUCUCAAAAUAAUGAAAUUAAAUCUGCUGCAUUUAAAGCUGUUGAUAAAGUUUGUUCUACAUCUGUAGAAUUAUUUGCUUUUAACCGUUUUUUAAAUGAAGUAAGCAAACCAACAAAAGCUUGGGGACGAGCUCGUCGCAGAGCUAUUAGUUCCUGGUAUAGUUCUAAGUCUGCAAAAGUACAGGCAUGUGAAGUUACUAAAAUUAUUCAACGCCAUCGAUGGACUCAUUUAGAUUUAUUCAGACUGUCUCAUCAUAGACCUGUUGAUAAAGCUUCAGCAGCUGUGGUUAAAUAUGUUGUCAAGGGUAUAGAAUCUACUCAAAAAGAAUUUGGAGUUGAUGGUGCAAGUUCCGAGGUACAAGAAAUAAUGACUUACUUGAAAGCUGUUCAUGAGUUAAAACAUACGACUGAUGAACAUGUAGCAGCUCGAUUAAUUGAAACACACGAUUUAAGUUUUGAACAUAUUCCUACUCCCCUGCUCAAAUCCAAAGAGAUCUGGACGUGUCUGAUUCAAAGACUACCUCUCCAUGUUCUUCUACGUAAAUUACCCCGAUUACAUCGCUUGGGCUUUUUGAAAAAUAAUACAGCUUUAUUCAAAUCAUUUAUGGAAAGACUUCGCAGUGAAAGUGCUCUUGCUGAUGGUCAUUUAGGUCCUAUAGAAACAUUUAUAAUUGCCCGUCAACAUGAUAUAAGUGGCAAACUAGAUCAAGGGAAACCGUUAACAAGAUAUAGAAGUUCACAGUUAGAUGAUGCACUUCAUAAUCUUCAUAUGGCAUCUUUUAAAAUGGUGCCCUCUACAGGAAAACGCUACCUAGUUGCAGUUGAUGUUCGUAAUCCAAUGGAUCAUAAUAGAAUAGUGAUUGGUGGAGUUAAUUUAUCACCAUCUGAUGCAUCUGCUCUUUUAAUAAUGGCAUUGGUUAGGGCAGAAGGCCAGAAUGUUGCAGCUGUUGCUUUUUCUACAAAAGGGAUGGCAAAUAUUGACAUUAACAAUAAAAUGACUCUUAGUGAUAUUUCUUGUCGUAUGAGAGAGACUCCAAUGGGCCCAGUGAAUAUGGCUGCUCCUUUACAGUGGGCUCAAGAAAGAAAACGUUACUUUGAUAUUAUUAUAGUAUGCACUGAUAAUCAGACACAACCUGGAGAUGUACAUCCUGCUGAAGCAUUGAAAGAAUAUAGGAAAGCCUUCAAUCUCCCACAGACUAGGUUUGUUAUUUGUGCAAUGUCUAGCCAAGGUUUCUCAUUAGCUCCACCUGAUGAACCUGGUAUGUUAGAUAUUGCAGGAUUUAAUGUGAAAACUCUUCAAGUUAUUCAAGAUUUUGCUCGAGGAAUAUUUUAAUGUGUCAUAUGGCUGAAGGAGAUAUUGAACUUGCCUCAAUCUUUAACAGGGAGUCAUGACACUUCUGGAAAUUAUGCACAUUUAAAAUGGUUGAUAGCUUUUUAAUUUUUCCAAUUUUGACUGAUAACCAUUUGAAUUAAAUUUAGGGCACAUAACACCUAAACAAAAAAAAAGGAAAGAUAAACAAAAGAGAGAUUGUGCUCUAUCUAA